ACUAAUGUUUACAAAACAGUGUUUUUAUUUUAUUUAUAUACCAAUUGAUUGAAUCAUCAAAACAAACAAACAUUUCAAUCAAUCAAUUGAUUUUGUUUGUCAUCAGUACAACAACAACAACRACAACAACAGCUGAUCCACACACACACACACACAAGACUAGAUGCAAAUGAUGAACAUCGAGGCCCUGGAGGCCGACGCCCGUCAAACGGCACUCAAACACGUAUCAAAUAUGCUUCAGAGACCGGAUCAGCUGGAAAAAGUAGAUCAAUACAAGAAACGAGUUGUCCGUAAAAUGACAUCCGUUGAGGGUAUGCUAAAGACGGCAAUGCAGACACAGUUGGACGGCGUCCGGACCGGACUAAUACAUUUGCAAACAUCCCAACAGGACAUCGAUGAAAUCAAACGUACGCUAAAAGAAGUAGAAGAAACGUUUCCAGUGGUUCCCAAUUUAGUUGAGAAGUUAAAAUCGGUUCGCGAAGAAUCGAUGAAACAUUCGCAAUAUGUGGCAGCCAUGGAUAAUCUUAAGCAUAUAUUCAAUGUACCCGAAAGUAUACUCAAGACUCGGGAGGCCAUAGCCGAUGGUAAGCUGUUGAUAGCUCAUCAGUAUUUGACUGAUUUGGAGAAUUCGCGCGACGACCUACUGUUUGAAUUGCAUCGAUUGCCGGCCACAUCAAUGGCCGAUAAGAAUCUAUUGAAACAUUACUAUUCAGAAGUGGAAAAACUAUCGGAAGAAUUGGGCAAACAGUUGUGGCUAAUCAUUAGACUAACACUGAACUCAGUACGCAAAGAACCAUCGAUUAUAGUGACUGCGCUGAGGAUUAUUGAACGCGAAGAAAAAGCCGACGAAUUGGCACUGAAACGAUCGGAUACUUCGGGUUUUAUGGCCAUUGGACGGCCAAAACAGUGGCGCAAACGCGUGUUUGAGAUACUGGAAGAAGCAAUCUAUGAACGUAUUGCUGGCAAUCAGUUUCACGACAGACACCAGAAUAAGAUGUGGUUAGUCUUGCAUCUGGAAGUUACUCGACUGUUGUUUAUCGAAGAUCUUCGUGUGGUCAAGAAUGCAUGUGUUCCCUGUUUUCCUCCCAGUUAUGAUAUUGUCAACAAAAUGCUUUAUUUAUACCACAAGUGUUUGAGCGCACACCUACACGAAAUGGCCAACCAGUUGGAGGGCAAUGAAUACGUAACAGUACUGAAUUGGGUUCAAGCUUACGAUGGACCCGAACUCAUGGGUCACAGAGAUCUGGAUUUUGAUAUUAAAUCCAGAAAUUUUGAACCACUUUUAUCGAAACCAUUGGUCGACGAACUAACUAAUAAAUAUCUGUCGACUGUCGAAAAAAAUUAUAAAGAAUGGCUAAGCAAUACCAUUGCCCGUGAGGUCAAAGAUUGGGACAGUAGUAAUCAGCCCGAGUGUGAUGAGUCCCGUCACUAUCAGACAACUACACCUGUUAUUGUCUUCCAGAUGAUUGAUCAACACCUUCAAGUGGCCCGAACAGUGACCAGACAUUUGGUCAAUCGGGUUCUAAUCAUAAGUAUGGAUCACUUGUCGACAUUUGCCAAACAAUACAAAGACGCUGUCAAACGGUAUGCAAAGUCUCACUUCGAGAAUCGCAAUCAACUGUUCACUCCUAAUAUGAUUGCAAUCACUAAUAAUUGUUUGAGUUUUAUUGAAAUUGCAAUGAAUUUCAAACAAGAGUACAAAAGUGGCGAUUCAACCGAAUUGGAGGCAAACAGAGUGUUUGAUAAUGUGGUCAAAUCUUUUGAAGAACUUAAAGAAGAAAGUAUCGGACAUUUACUUUACGAGAUAUUCCUCGACGUCGACCGGGAAAUCAAUAAAGUUGGUACUCAGGAGUGGUUCGACUCGAAGAUCAGUGUCAUUGAAAACAUUUGUCUUACUCUUGAAGACUAUUUUCGUGACUAUGUCUAUCUUAAAGAAAAAAACUCGGAUCGACUUAAAGAAGAACUACAAAACAAAUUAGCCAAAGGAUACAUAACAGCUAUUUUACUCAAAAAAAUGCAAUUAAGAAAUCAAAGUCAAAGAGAAUUGUUUGCCAAAAAGUUUAUCAGAGAAGCAGAGAUAUUGAAGGCAGCCAUCGCUAAAUUACCGACAAAGAUGUCCACAAAUAUUGUCAAAAAUUCUCCAUUUGAUUGUUUGCCACUUUUGGCUGAGUUUUUAAAGCUAAAAGACUUAAGUAUGCUAUUCCUCGAAGUAUCGGGUUUGGUUAAGAAAUAUCCCGACAUCAAAGUGGAACACUUGACGGCACUGUUAUCGCUGAGAGAGGACAUGUUGAAGACAAAUGUCAAAAAGCAAGUCGAGGACAUGAUGUCCGACUACGAGAUAACCAGUGAUGAGAAAACUAUUUUCUCGAAAAUAACACUCAAUUGAUGACAUAAUAACAACUGUUAAACGAAUGAUAAUAGACAAAUGAAAACAAACAAAAAAUUAAUUUAAAUUUUAUAAAUAAUUUAUUUAUUAU